AUGAGCGGCUCGUACAAGGAAAAUAAGGAAGCUUUCGUAUCCGACGGAACUGGAUCGAGUCUCGCGCACAUCAACUUUGUGUCCUCAGUCGCAGUCCUCUCGAUUGGACUACAUGUCGUCCUUCUCAAGCGCCUGCCAUCACUGGGAUAUCUGCUAUUCCCAGUAUCUUUCGCUACUCUAGUCUUGCCGAUCUUACUGGGUACCACUACCUUCGCGGAUCGACCAGGCGCCUUCUUUCUCUACUUGUUCGCCGCAACGGCUUGCAUCUUCCUCCUACCGACUCGAAAGGAAUUAGGGACACCAUUGCCGUCCGCCUCGCCGAUUCCAGAUGCCGCCCAUAAGCCCGCGUCGACCGUCAUCGCUCCUUUGCCGGCGCUGACGACAUACCGCGCCCAUAUGCUGCUGUUGACGGCGAUAUGCAUAUUGGCAGUCGACUUUCCCAUCUUCCCCCGCAUGCUGGCCAAGUGCGAGACCUACGGCGUAUCUCUGAUGGACAUCGGCGUCGGCUCCUUCGUUUUCUCGUCCGGUCUAAUCUCCGCGCGACCUAUCGUGAAAGACCCAAGAUACCUCUCACAGAGCCUGAUCCCUAAGUUGUUGAACACUCUGGGCGGCUGUAUACCCAUCCUAGUCCUGGGGAUAGUACGCGUGCUGCUCGUCAAGGGAACAGAAUAUCCCGAACAUGUCACCGAGUACGGGGUCCACUGGAACUUCUUCUUGACAUUGGGCGUCCUGCCUCUACUUCAGAUUCUGCUUCAUCCGAUUCUCGCCAACCAGACUGUGCCCAUUCCUGCGCUGGGACUUCUUCUUGCUGGAGCCCAACAGUUGUCACUUUCAACUGGUGCUGCGAACUACAUUCUGCACGCCCCACGUACAUCCCUUCUAAGCGCGAAUAAAGAAGGUCUCCUUUCUCUUCCCGGCUAUCUCGCGCUUCACAUCCUAGGACUCGCGACAGGAACGACGACGCUUCCCCCUUCACCAUCCUUCUUCCGUCGCCAACAACAGCGUCUUGAUAAGCGUGAUACGCGGUCGCUCAAGAAACGGGAUGAUUCGGAUGACGAGCAGACAGAUGAUGAAGACGAAACUGGGUCGAACUCGGGCGCGGGCACGAGCGGCGUGCAGAUGCACCGGGAGAACGACAAGACCGCUACGGAACUGUUCUCGUGGGCGUGCGUAUAUUGGACCUUGCUAGGCGCCUGCGCGCUCUUCGGUAUCGACAUGGGCGUCUCCCGCCGAAUGGUGAACCUACGCUACAUCCUAUGGGUCUCAGCCUACAACACGACCUUUCUCCUCCUCUACCUCGUCCUGGACCUAAUUCUCUUCCCCUCUCCCCUUUCAAAGUCCGUCUACGACCCUAAUUCAGGCCUCAAAGUCCAUUCUCGGGCCGCGGCCUUUGAGAUGGCCCGGGCGAGUACCAAGGCGGAGGGGACGGCGCCUGCGCUACUUGAUGCCAUCAACCGCAAUGGCCUGGCGUUCUUCCUCGUGGCAAACCUUGCGACGGGCGCCGUCAAUCUGUCGAUGGAGACGAUGUAUGCGACGGACGGGACGGCGUUGGCCGUGCUGACGAUGUAUUCGCUUGGUAUAUGCGCAUUUGCGUGGGUGUUCCGCGGCCGGAAGCUGUUAUAA